AUGGUCCGCUUCAGCACCCUCGCCCUCGGAGCUCUUCCAAUGCUCCUGUCAGUUCAACAAGCGGCCGCUGUUAGUGGAACUGGUAGCACUACCCGUUACUGGGAUUGCUGUAAGCCCAGCUGUGCCUGGACUGGAAAGGCUGCAGUGACAUCUCCCGUCAAGACCUGUGAUGCAAACAACAACGUCUUGACAAAUGUCGACGCAAAGUCUGGCUGCGACGGUGGAGUCGCCUUCAUGUGCAACAACCAAAUCCCAUGGGCCGUGAGCGACACUCUAGCCUACGGAUACGGUGCCGUCAGAAUCACGGGCCAGACCGAGUCUGACUGGUGCUGUGCUUGCUAUGAGCUCACUUUUACCUCUGGCCCUGCCUCUGGGAAGAAGAUGAUUCUCCAGGCCACAAACACUGGUGGUGAUCUUGGGAACAACCAUUUUGAUAUCGCUAUGCCUGGCGGUGGUGUCGGUAUCUUCAACGGAUGCACCGCCCAGUACGGCGCGCCCUCGGACGGUUGGGGCCAGAGAUACGGUGGUGUUAGUAGCAGAUCUGAGUGCGACGCUCUUCCUGCUGCUAUUAGGGCUGGUUGUUACUGGCGAUUCGAUUGGUUUGGCGGAUCUGAUAACCCGACUGUCAGCUUCCAGUCUGUUACCUGCCCGGCGGCAUUGACCGCCAACACCGGGUGCACUCGCACUUCAUAG